AUGGCUCCCUCAAUGUCGAAAUCUAUACUCUCCCUUUGGGCCGUUUUUCUCCUCUUCUCCCUUCAGGCUGUCCAGGCGGCCAACUCCUUUGCAGGGUCCAACCUGUACUACGCAGCAGGGCUGAACGCCGAUGACACAACCACCCUGCUAACGGGACUGCAAAGCGCCGGUAUGAAGGUAUUGCGAGUCUGGAUUGGUGGUCAGUCUACCAGCCAGAAGGGCACUGACAUCAACCCCUUCAACGAUCUCGAACCCAACAGUCCUUGCAAUGGAGACACUUCCUGCUACGACGAUACGGUUCUUGAGCGACUGGACGACUUCAUGGUUGCGGCCAACUCUCACGGCAUCAAGCUUCUGCUCACUAUGCAUAGCUGGAACGCUUUGUCCAGCAACGAUGCCUACGGCAAAAUGUACGGUAAACAGAAGUUCUACACGGAUAGCGAUGCACAAGCCUCCUUCGACACUCGCCUCGUGCAUAUCCUGAACCACGUACACAAGUCACUCGGAAAGCCUUGGAAAGAGUUGAGCGACUACAUCUUUGCUUUCGAGGCCGAGAACGAAGCCAUGAUUGGGAAUGGCGCGUCAUUCGUUGGGGCUAACACUGCAUGGCAGUGCGACCGUGCCGGGACGAUCAAGGGCCAACUCGGCAACAGCAGUGGGAUCCUCGUAACGACUGGGGGAGAGUCAUUCUUGUCUGAGUCGGUCCAGUCUGCUUGGUUGUCUUGCGAUGCUUUGGAUGUGAUCGCCAUCCACACCUACGGUGCCGACGAACUCACCACCUCCGCAUUGACCCCCUAUGUCCAGCAAGCACAGUCUGCCGGCAAGAAGCUGAUCUUGGAAGAAUGGGGCGCAUGCUACUUCGACACUUCCAAUAAUAACUGCCCUACCGGAGACGCCCUAUCUACCGACACGCGGAACGGCAAUAUCUUGAACUGGGCCGAGCAAAUCGACAACGCGGGGCUUCCUUGGAUGUAUUGGCAGGUCCUUCCCAAUGCUGAUCCUCAUGGUGCAUGGGACUACGAAGUCGGCUUGAACGACUCGUCCUGGAGUGCCCUCCAGCAGGCUGCUCAAGCGGCCGCGCAGGCCACGGCUGCUUUCGACUUCUCGGCUUACCUUCUGCCAUGA